AUGAAUAGGGAGAUCCCAGGGUUCUACUAUGACCCAGAAAAGAAGAAGUACUUCAAAAUCCAAGCCAACCACAAAGCCACUCCAGGGUCACAAUAUACUCAAGACUCCGUCAAGCGGAAGCGCGUAGACCAGGAGAAGCGGCAAAGGAAAAUCCACCUGACGAAAAGAGUCACAAAAGAGAAGAUCACGAGGGCAGCCUUUUUGUCCCACCCUCUACUGGGAGUGCAGAGAGAGAUUGGAUCUCAACAUGUAUCUACAAGCAUUCGACAAGAGCAACGGAGCUUAAUUUACGCAAGCCAGUUACAUCGAAACAAGCUUCAUCAAUUCGAGCCCUGGCCCGACGAGUAUAGCAUCAAGCAUGUGCUGCGCAACAAGCGUUCGGGAAUAUUGAUUGCUAGUGGUCAGCGUGGCGGUGAAUCGUCUGUUUCGGUGUGCUUCCCGGAUUGCGACCAAGAUAAAUGGACAUAUAAUCGGACGAUGGAACGUGUUCUCUUCAAAGAGCCAUACAGGCUAUCCUCAGUCUCACUAAGCCACACCGGAUACCUGCUGGCGACGAUGGAUAGUGGCCCGAAUGGCGACUCUUUCCUGGCGCCCCGAAUGUUGCCCGAUCCCGACGAAGGUGGAAACUAUCGGUGGCCCACGGCGUUCGCACAUCCGAUUCGUUUGCGCACUCCGUCUUCCCUAUGGUGUUCGUCUGCCUGUCCAACAGGAGACAUGCCGUUUUUCGCCGUUGGAACCUCGGACGGACUAUACACGUUGGAAGGGCUCGGCAGCUAUUGGGCCCUAUCAAAGAAAUCAUUCGCGAACGACGCGCUGACGGGAAAGCCGAUCUUACAUCGCCGCGUGGACUCCUCUCAUGCUGUUGUCACUAGCGUCGAAUGGCUCUCAUCCGAUGUGAUAGCCGCCGGUCUGAAAGAUUCCGCUAUAUUCCUCCACGACCUGCGCAGUGGAGGGAGUGCGACACGACUACAACAUCCCCAUGCUGUUACUAAAAUUCGAAAAGUAGAUCCCUACCGGAUCGUCGUGGCGGGCAUAAACUCGCUCCAAAUGUACGACAUUCGAUACCCGCCCAAUGGCCUACAGCGCAACCCACAGCCCAAUAAGAAAUACCACACCUCCACUAAGCCGUACCUUACGUUUUCGGACUACUCGCCAGAAACCAUACCUGACUUCGACAUCAGCUUGGAACUUGGGCUUCUCGCUAGUGCUUCCGACGAGCGAAAAAUCCAGCUUUUUUCCCUCCGCACCGGCCAACAAGUUCCGUCACCCUUGUCAGGAUAUCAGUACGCGGAUCCUAUUUCUUCAAUUUGCUUCGAGUCCGGAGAUGGGUCUUUACAUGGCCCUCAGACACCCAGCUUAUUAGUCUGCGCCAAAGCUACCGUGGAUGAAUGGAUUUGGUCGAACUCGCCAAAGACGACAUGA